GGCUUCGCGGGGCGCUUCUGCGCGUUCGAAGGGGCGGGCGCCGCUCGUGGCCCCCCCGUUCCUCCCAGCCUGGGGAGUUUCCUUUUUUUUUCUCCUCCCCCGGCUUGUUGUGAUUUCGUGGAGGCGGCCGUCUCGCGCGCUGCCCGGCCUUCCUCCGCCUCCGCCAGCGAUGCGCCCAGGCCCGGAGGCGCCUCGGCUCUGAGAUCGGCGGCGCUGGCCGGGCGGGCGCUGGGCGAGGAGCUGCUCGGGACGAUCGCAGGCUCCAGCGGGGCUGCCGCGGGGCCGGCAGGAUGUACACGGCUGGCUUGGCCCCCUUUUACGCGUCCAACUUCAGCCUCUGGUCAGCGGCGUAUUGCGCUCCGGCGGGACCGGCCCCUGGCAGCUGUUUCCCCCUGGAUCCCGCGGGGAUCAAGAAACCUUCCUUCUGCAUCGCCGACAUCUUGCACGCCGCCGCUGGGGAGGCCGGGGGGGACGGCCUGGCCGGCGGCUCCUCGGUCAGCCUGGCGGCCCACAUCGGCUCAAUCCAUGCCCACGCGCAGUUCCACGCCGCGGGCUCCCCGCUCAGGCCCACCCCUGUGGUGGCCUCGGACUCUGCUGUCUCUUUCCCCGCCAGGCUCUCGGCCGCUUACCCUCAUCCCCAGCACCACCGAACUCCCACCGGACAAAACCAACAGACUCAUCCGGGCUCUGCUCCCGCUCCGUCCAGCAAAGACUUGAAAUUUGGGAUUGACCGCAUUUUAUCCGCCGAGUUUGACCCGAAAGUCAAGGAAAGCAACACGCUAAGAGAUCUGACCUCCUUGUUAGCCAGCAGCCGCCAAACCGGGGUUCACGUCCCCAGCUUGCAGCCUUCCGCCGGCCAGUUCUUCGCAUCACUAGAACCCCUUAACGAGGCCUCCGGGGUCUUGGGGCCCUUAAACACAACACCCAGGAGUUCAGUGCAGCACCAGUUUCAAGACACUUUUCCAGGGCCUUACGCGGUGCUCACCAAAGACACCCUGCCGCAGACCUACAAGCGGAAGCGCUCCUGGUCCCGGGCGGUUUUUUCCAAUCUCCAAAGGAAAGGGCUGGAGAAGCGCUUCGAAAUCCAGAAGUACGUUACCAAACCGGAUCGGAAGCAGUUGGCGGCCAUGUUGGGCCUCACCGACGCGCAAGUGAAAGUCUGGUUCCAGAACAGACGCAUGAAGUGGAGGCACUCGAAGGAGGCGCAGGCGCAGAAAGACAAGGAGAAGGAGCCUAUCGAGAAGGUUGCGAGAGGCGUGGGGCCAGAGGGUGAGGGCGAGCCGGGGAGCAGCCCGAGCCGCUCGGAAGGCGAGAGCGAAAGUAGCGAGGCCGAGUCCUUGGAGCUGGAGCCUGGCAGCGACGCCGAACGGACUGAGGCUGGGGCCGCCACUGAUCAGGCCCUGCAGCGGCACGCCGCCGCCAUCAGUCUUCAAUUGCAACUCCCGACCGAGUGCGAGACGUCCGUUCGCCCGGAGCAGCUCUCGGCUCCCGGCAGCUUGGAUCAAGGUCGAGAAGCCCCGCGGCGCCCGGAGCCCCCCUUCAGCCUGCGGGAGUCGCCCUGACUGCCUUUCCUGGGACAGCCGCCGGCUGGAAGCCUAGCCGUGCCGCCUUGCUUUGGGAAGUGCGGAGGGGGAUUUGAAGGGCUGGCUCUGCCGUAGGUGGGGAGCUCGUGGGAGGGCAGAGGUCACUCGCCACAGGUUGCAGCAUGUGGGGGAGAAGACAAGCCUCCGGACCUGUACAGUUAGGAAGACGGAUGGAUCGCUGAGGGCUAUUGCUCCUUCCUCGCAUGCGAGGCAAUGAUAGAGGCCUCUUCAGCGCCCUCUUCCAACCCACCCCAGCCCUGCCCUGUUUGCCCAUCCCUUCACAAUGUGAAGAAUUCUUGCCUGCCCAGUCUCCUCAGCCCCUCUCCGGAUGUGUUGCAUUGUAUAAUUGGGCCAGAAAAUAUUGCCCUGAAAAAAGUGGACUGUAAAUAAAUUUGUUUGCUAAA